AUGGCAAUCCCCCCUCCCGGCGCCUCGGCCCUGGUCGACCUGAUCAACUCUCUACCCGAUCCCGAUGAUACUUGGGGACCCCCAAUCACCAAUGAGACCACCCUCAAUGGCGUCCCAUAUGCCCCUUACUCCAAGGGCGACAAGCUAGGCCGUAUGGCCGACUGGACUGAGGCUAAGGAGGGCAGGGACGGCCGCAGCCGGCAGCAGUACAAGAGUUACCGUGACCAGCAGGUCUACGGCGCUGGCUCUGCCUCGCUCUUUGCUGCCCCUGUCGCCGAAGACGAGGCCUCAUUCUCCGUCGUCUCAAAUGUUCGCGACACCGGCAAGUCGCGCUUUGGCCGCGGCGCUGUCUUCACCCGGACUCGUACCCAGCGCACCGGUGCCGCCAGGCCCGGUCGUCAGGCCCUUGGACGGUCGGGUCGGACCGGCGGUUACGGUGCCUACGAUGGUCGGGGUGGUAGCCGCUCCUCCGGAGCGCGCGGCCGUCGCUUCGGCUGGAAGGACUACGACAAGCCAGCCCGCGCUCGCGAUGCUUCGAUCAACAUCAAGCCUGACUGGAAGCUGGUUGAGGAGAUUGACUUCAACCGUCUCACCAAGCUGAAUCUGGAGGCUGAUGAGGGCGAGGACCUCGACAGCUAUGGCUUCCUCUACUACUACGACCGCUCCUACGACAAGCCUCCCGUCAAGAACGCCGAGCGUAAGCUGGAGGUCAUCGACCGUGCCGUGUACAAUGUCACUACCUCUUCCGAUCCCGUCAUCCAGGAGCUGGCCGAGAAGGACGAGGGCACCAUCUUUGCCACGGACAGCAUCCUCUCCAUGCUCAUGUGCGCUCCGCGGUCUGUCUACCCGUGGGAUAUUGUUCUUGUUAAGCAGGGCAACAAGGUUUUCCUUGACAAGCGUGAUAAUGCCGCGCUUGACAUGGUUACUGUCAACGAGAAUGCUGCUGACGCCCCGAUUGAGGGCGACAACUCACGCGAUGGCAUCAACCAGCCUAGCGCGUUGGCCGAGGAGGCCACCUACAUCAACCACAACUUCGCCAACCAGGUUGUCGUUGAGAGCCAGAAAGUGAACAUGGCGCACGAGAACCCCUUCUACAGCGCAUCCGAGGAGACUGAACCGCCGGCGUCCAAGGCCUACAAGUACCGCCGCUUCGACCUGUCGACGAGCGAGGAGGACCCCGUGUUCAUCGUUGUCCGCACUGAGCUCGAUGCUGUCCAGAAGAACCCCACCACUGGUGAGGACCAGUUCAUCACGGUCCAUGCGCUCAACGAGUUCGACAGCAAGGCUCCCGGCGCUGGCGGCGCCCUGGACUGGCGGACGAAGCUCGUCUCUCAGCGCGGUGCUGUCGUUGCUACCGAGAUGAAGAACAACAGCUGCAAGCUGGCUCGCUGGACCGUGCAGAGUAUUCUAGCUAAUGCCGAUACCAUGAAGAUUGGUUUCGUGUCACGCGCUUCGCCCAAGGUCAAUGACAAACACGUCAUCCUGGGCGUCAUCGGCUGGAAGCCCAAGGACUUUGCUUCUCAGAUGAACUUGAAACUGUCCAACGGCUGGGGUAUCGUGCGCACCAUUGCUGACAUGGUCCUGCAGCGCGACGAUGGCAAGUAUGUGCUCGUCAAGGACCCCAACAAGAGCAUUCUCCGCCUGUACGAGGUUCCCCCUGGUGGUCUAGACGAGGAGGAGGAGGGUGCCGAGGACGACGAGAACGAAAAUGCGGAGGAAUCCUCCUCAACGUCAUCCUCAUCCGCAACGCCACAUAAAACCAAGACUGGGCCGAAUAAAACGCCGCAAAAACGGCAAAUACGACUUACCCAAGCCUUUUCUUCGUUGACUUCCUCGGGAAAGUCGACAGCAACGACAAAGCCAAAGCAGGUGCUCCUUGGAAAGGAGAAGCCCAACCACAGUAUCCUGAAUUUCUUCCAGAAGGCACCGCGGCCUGAAGAUGAGGAGCUUUUUGUCGGCAAAGGAAAUGACUGUACAUUAUUAGAAGAUGAGGAGGAUGAGGAACCGCAGACAGGGGCUGCAUACCUCGAUGUCGGAGUGCGAGACAAUGGUGAAGGCCAUGAAGAGGACAUAUAUGGGGCAACUCCUCCCCAGCAAAUUUCCCAUGCUGAUGAAGGGGAAACGGAGAGGUUUAACGAAGCAGGGGGGCCUGUGAAGCGGAGGAGGCUCAAUUCCGAGGAUGGUAAUCUCCUUGAGUCUCGGACUGAGGCUCAGUCAGCGCAUGAGAAAGCGAGAGACAAGGAAAGUCUGAUCAAAAAGAAGAUGAAAAGGCCAGGAAUGCCGUUCCUUGAAGAUUCAUCUUCUGAGGACGAAGAUGAGAAGCAAAAUUCAAACUUAAGGGUGAGAUCGCACGAAUCUAGUUUUACGGUCGGCGAGUGUAUAUCCAUUAAGGAUCUAGGACCAGGUGAACUUACCAAUGGCACCAGACUUGACAGGGAGGUGCCAUUUGUAUGGCAUGAAACCCCGAUGGACGAAAAGCUCGGCAAUAAUGAAGGCUACGAUGACAUACCCGACCGAGCUGAAGGAUGCCUAGCAAAUCCUGACAGUGACGCCUAUAUGAAUGAGGAAUUUACUGGCGAGGAACUUGAAGCAAUGCGCUACAUGGAAGAACAAGCACGAUUUGAAAUGGAAGAGGAUAGAGAAGAUAGUGGCAUCGAUGAAAACGACGCCAUGGAGGAGUGUUGUCCUGUCUGCAACGGCAGUCUUGCCGGUGCCAGCGUGGACGAGGCUACAGCACAUGUCAACUCAUGUCUUGAUGGAAACCCAACCCCAUUACCACAACCUAAGUCCGGUGUCGCCAUUGAUGGAAUCAAUAUAGGAAGUCGGUCUGUCAAAGCGGCAAUUCCUCGCCAAGGACAACCGAAUCCUAUCAUUCUUGAUGACAACAUUGUUGGGGGAAGGUCGUCGUCGUCCAGUUCAGCAUUUGCCAAGCUCAUGUCUAGCCAUGCCGAAGACCGUGCCUGGGCCACAGCCGCUGCGGCCGAGCAUGCCUCACGCGGCUUGCCCGCGUACAAACGGACAUGUCCAUUUUACAAGAUCAUGCCGGGCUUCUCAAUCUGCGUGGACGCCUUCCGAUAUGGUGCUGUAAAGGGGUGCAAGGCAUACUUCCUCAGCCACUUCCACAGCGAUCAUUAUAUGGGAUUGACGGCCAAUUGGACGCAUGGUCCGAUCUAUUGCAGCAAAGUAACUGGAUCGCUGGUGAAGUCUCAACUGCGAACGGCGGCAAAAUAUGUCGUUGAACUGGAGUUUAACACGACUGUGGCCGUGCCCGAUACCGAUGGCGUCACUGUCACCAUGAUCCCCGCAAAUCAUUGUCCUGGAAGUUCAAUGUUUCUUUUUGAGAAAAUCCUUAGCGGCGGAAGAGUACAGAGAAUACUCCAUUGUGGCGAUUUUCGAGCAUGUCCUGCUCACGUCGAGCAUCCACUGUUGAAGCCCGAGACCGUUGAUGCCAUCUCAAGCCGCACAAAACAGCAGAAAAUCGAUGUCUGCUAUCUCGAUACCACUUAUUUGAACCCACGUUACUCCUUUCCCCCACAAAGUGACGUGAUACGGGCAUGCGCAGAGUUAUGUGCCAUGCUCAACAAGAGCAUCACGGCCAACGACAACUCUGUAUGGGAUGGGCUUCUAUGUCGAGGGAAAGUGGGCCAUCAACCAGGUAUAGAAUCCGUCAGCAAGUUUCUCACUGUCAGUUCAUCGUUCUCUUCCUCGUCCAGCAACCAAAAAUCAGGCUCACCUUCCACAAAUGCCCUUACCUUCCUUGGUCAGCCUCGCAACCGCCUCCUAGUCGUUUGCGGCACAUACUCAAUCGGCAAGGAACGCAUAUGUGUAGGCAUCGCACAGGCCCUCCAGACCAAGAUUUACGCAGCGCCAGCCAAGCUGCGCAUGUGUCGCCAACUAGACGACCCUGAGUUGACCGCCCUCCUGACCUCCGACCCACGCGAAGCCCAAGUGCACAUGCACGCGCUGAUGGACAUAAAUGCCGACACACUAGCACAGUACCUCCAGGGCUUCAAGGGACACUUCAGCAAGAUCGUGGGGUUCCGGCCGUCUGGCUGGAAUUUUCGACCCUCUGUCUCAAAGUCUGCACCCAAGAACCUCGCCAACCUACCUCCCAACUCUCUGCCCACAACGCAACUUCUCCACAGCCCACAGUGGCGUCCGCAGAUUACGGCUCGAGAUCUGGUGCCCCAGCGGGGCGGGAAUGCGACUGAGGCGAUGUGCUUUGCAGUGCCAUACAGCGAGCACAGCAGCUUCCGGGAGCUGGCGUUGUUCUUAAUGGCACUGCAGAUCGAGAAGGUUGUUCCGACGGUUAAUGUGGGCAAUGAGACGAGCAGGAAGAGGAUGAGAGGGUGGAUUGAUAGGUGGAUUGCUGAGAGAAAGAGGGGUGGGUUAGUGCGGGUCUUGCAUGAGAGGAAUGGCAAUGGGGAAGACAAGGAGAGAUUGUGGGAUGGAAAGGAUGGGAAAGGAGGAGCUGUUUACUGGUAA